GUUUAUUGUCUUCUGACACCGGCAAUCUUGUACAAUAAUCGGAGUAAAACAGAGAUAGGAUCUUAUGAUUUUUUAAUUUCUUUUCUUAACCAUUAUGCACUCCCGUCCUUCAAGUGCAUUAUAUAUAACCUAAGAGACUGGAGGUAUCAUUGUAGUCGCCAAGAUGAACCGACCAGUGAUCGUUGUUGCACUUGUACUCGCAUGCAUAUUCAGCUGCAAUGGAAUUAGUCCUGAGUUAAAGACAGCAAUUGAAGAAUGCAAAGCUGAACACAACGUAGAGUCUGACCAAAUCAAGGAAGCAAUUGAAAAUAAGAAACUACCAGAAACUGAAAAUGGACAGUGCUUUAUGUCAUGCGUAAUGGAAAAAAUGGGUGUGAUCAAGGAUGGAAAAAUUGACAUGGAUAAGGCUAUGGAACAUUAUGAAAAGAAAGUCAAAGAUCCAGAAAACCGACAAAAAGCCAAUGAAGUAGCUAAAAGGUGUGCCAAUGUGCAAGGUACAGAUGCCAAAUGCUCCCUUGCUACAGAGCUAGUAAAAUGUGUCGUGAAAACUGCAGAAGAGCUUCAACUGGAAAUGUCAAAGGAUGAAGUAGAGUAAACCAGGCCCACUAUUCAUCUGCAUCUCAAAAGAUUACCUCAAGUAGAUUAUGUAAAAUACUGAUCUGUCCCAAUGCAUUCUAAAUACAUUUUUAAAAUAAAUUGUUGAUUAUGAAUUUAAUAAAUAGAAAAAUGUUACUGAAUAUCU